AUGAUACAAGAUGCUGAAGUUGUUAAAGUUGUUCACCAAGUUAAACAACAAGCUUGGGCAAUGAAAAAUAAGCCUGCAAAAAUUAUCCAAAAUGCUGUUAUUAGCAUAUCUGAGGAAGUUAGAUCUUAUCUUCUUUCAGUAAAUACUUAG